UGCUCGUCACGUGAUGUUUUCGCUGGGCUGUAGUGAUGUGUAGCCACCAUGAGUGAAGCGGGCAAAUAAAGAUUUAUAAUGGCAGCGAGCGAUGAUGGAGGCUCUGCGAAGAUGCAACGUUUCGUCGCGCUGAAUAAUCACCAGGGGGAUACGUCGGAAAGCAGCACGGAUCACUCGAACGCGUAAUUGUAUCUGAGCUACGAACCCGCAGCCGACAAAAUGGGCCGUGCAUCAGUGUAAAGCGGAGGUAAAGUGACCUUUCAUCGCAUUGUCCCAUGGAAGAUCGGCCGCGUUUACCGAAUCACGGCGUCAUGUUGACACUGGAGGCACAACCGCGGCGCGCUGUCACAAAAACGCCCGCGACCAACAGCCACAUCUCUUGUGCUGCCGGGGAGCCUCCAUCCUCCUCCUCCUCCUCCACCUCAAUCAAUAACAGCGGCUCCCGUUUGCCCAUGCACUUAACGGCCUCCUCUCAUUCUCAGCCACAGAGGAGGUACCAUCCGCCUUACCACUUUAAAGUGCAUCAUCUGUUCCCGGAUGAGAACCCUCAGGAUGCUGUAUUGAGGAAGAACUUGCCACCGCUCCAGUAUAAAGUGCACGACUCUGCCUUCUGCCGUGUACUGAGCGCCGACACCACUGCUGCUGCCCUGGCCGCCGCCGCCGUCUGCUCCGGCGGUGUGGACAGGGACAUAUGGAAAUGUGGCUAUCUCAGAAAACAGAAGCACGGCCACAAGAGGUUCUUCGUCCUGCGGGGCCCCAGCAACCUCGGGCCCAGUCGGUUGGAGUAUUACGACAGCGAGAAGAAAUUUCGAAACGCCCUCAAAGCUGCUGCCUCCGGUGUUGCUUGCCCUGCCAAGAGGGUGAUUUAUCUGUCCCAGUGUUUUACAGUGAACAAGAGGGCUGAUGCUAAGAACAAAUACCUCAUUGCCCUUUACACUAAAGAUGAGUAUUUCGCCGUGGUGGCGGAGAGCGAGCAGGAGCAAGAGGAGUGGUACUUGGCCCUCACUGAACUUAUGACGGAGGGGAAAAAGGGGCAGCUAGACAACGAUGAACUCGACGACGGCUACGGGACGAUUUCACCGGGGACUAUUUUCAAGGAGGUGUGGCAGGUCAAUGUCAAACCUAAAGGCUUGGGUCAGACCAGGAAUCUAAUGGGUGUGUACCGUCUGUGCCUUUCCGCCAAGACCAUUCACCUGGUGAAGCUGAACUCGGAGACGCCUGCCGUCAACCUGCCGCUAAUGAGCAUUCGCCGCUGCGGCCACUCCGAGAGCUUCUUCUUCAUCGAGGUGGGCCGCUCUUCUUCCAUUGGCCCCGGCGAAAUCUGGGUGCAAGUCGAGGACUCGGUGGUGGCGCAGAACAUGCACGAGACCAUUCUCGACACCAUGAAGGCUCUCAAGGCCUUUCCUGACUUCAGGCCGCGGAGCAAAAGCCAGUCCUCCGGCUCGAUCCCCUUGCCGUUCAUCACUACUCGCCGACAUUUCGGCAACCUUCCCCCGAGCCAAACUGGGCUGCAGCGCCCCUCCAGAACAGAUUCGGUGACAGGCACGCCGCCUACAGGGAAAAACAGAGGGCGAGGCCAGCGCUACCGGACCUCCAGCGAGGGCGAAGGCACUCAGGACCGCCCCCUCAGCUCUGGAACAGGCAGCCUGGUGCAUCUAAAUACCCCCGUUCUCAGCGUGGGCCGAGAGGAGAGCGGCAGCUGCUGCGCCCACGCCUCACCCGGUUCGGGCCACCACACCCGGUCCGCUUCCCUCCCCGUGUCUCAAUUCCUAUCUGCCACCAGCCCCAUCAGCGUGUCCAGCAGCAGCGGGCACGGCUCGGCCUCCGACACGCACACUCGCCCCUCGAGCUCCUCCAUUUGUGGCUCCCCUAGUGACGGAGGCUUCAACUCGUCCGAUGAGUUCUGCCCCAGCCCGUGUGACUUCAGGUACUUUCACGCAAGUUGCACCACACCCGAAUCCCACGGCAGCACUCCGCCCGUUCGGGAGGACUAUCGGCUGACUGAGUACAUGACCAUGGAUUGGCACAGAGAUGGGGCGAGGACUUUUGAGGAGGAGAGCAGUUACAUGGAGAGGACUUUCCUCAAGCUUGCACAUUCGUCCAAGCCAAAGCUUGGCGGCGGUGGCGGUUUGAGUAUCACGCAGCAGAAAGCUACGCAAACCUCAUCCUCUUUAGACGAGUCAAGCCCGGUGGAGUCAAAACGACACCAGGUUUGCUCGUGCCUGCUGAAGUCAGCCUAUAAGUCUUACUCUGAAUUACAUCACCCAAACAAGCCUCCCUUGCUCAGCUCUGAGUGUCAAAAGAAACUGCCAAAAGACGACGGCUACAUGCCCAUGAUCUACAGCAUUGCUCCCUCUCCGAAUGCAGAUUACAUCCCUAUGCAACCCCGAGCAAACCACCCCGCCACCCUGGACAUUCACCCCUGUUCCUCGCAGCAAGCGGACCGAUACGGCUACAUGAUGAUGCUCCCAGGCGACAGCCCCUCCAGUAGGGAGCAAGCAGAGUAUGACGACUACAUGGACAUGUCCCAACUUACCGUGGCCGAAGGCUUUUCACAGGCCUCGCCCGAAGGUCCGAAGACCUCAUACUUCUCGCUCCCGCGCUCCUACAAAGCCCCGUCACGAGAAAAGCGCAAAAAGAUGGAAUACAUUCCUAUGUCCCCGGCCGAGCCCCCAAGCCCGCCUAGUCCCGGAGAGUACAUUCACAUGGACUUUGGGUCCCGUUCCUCUCACGCCGCUGCUUCUCCACCCUCCGUAAAUUCGCCCUCCACACCGCCGCCUUCUCAGCCCUGUUAUCGCCACUGUUGCUCCUCACCAGACCAUGACUACUUGGGCCUAAACAUGGAUGGCCUCCUGAAGGACCGCCCUCCUCGGCACUCGCUCGUAGCACCGUGGAACCCACCCAACUAUGCCCGUCCCUUAGGGUGCUCUUAUGGGCAGGCGUCAACUAAUUUAGAUCCUGAAAAGACGCACGACGAGUGCGGAGAUGGUCCGUUGAGAGCAAUGCAGCACCUUUGCAUCUCCGAGCGUCUGCCGUUCGGUCAUACGGAGCCCAAGGUCAUCAGGGCGGACCCACAGGGAAGGAGACGACACAGUUCGGAGACGUUCAUCCCCUCGCCUGCUUCUUUUGCUAGCGGUUGCGGAAUCAGGCCCUCAGCCAAUCAGAAUCUCCCCGAAGCUAGCAGAUGGCAAAACUCCAGCUCCUUCGAUAGCAUGUGGUCACACUCGGGCGCCUCCCCCGACUCGGCAGCCCUAGCGACGAGCUCCGCUAGCGGAGGGACGCCUCAGAACACCUCAUCCAGCUACCUCAACUACAUCGCUCUGGACCUGAGAGAAGUGCCCAGGGUCACACGCGACACUCCCCCUCCACACCCAGCUCACAGUAACCUCCAAGAGAGCGAUGCUUACGCUGGUAUAGACUUCUCCGUUUCGGGAGGACGUGCCACUGCCUCAAAAGAUUGAGUGAGUCGAACACUGGUGCCCGAAGGGGAAUCAGGACACGGAGAAUCCACUGAACUCUGGAACGCCGAAGAGCAAGCCGCCUCCUCCUCCUCCUCCUCCUCCUCAGACCUCCAACAACAAAGACUGAGAAACUGCACAACCUCUUAUGCUCUGUAUUUCCCACAUAACUGCCUCAACAACCGGUUUCAUUUGUCCGAAUGAGAAUAUUUGUUUGUUUGUUUUUUUCCUUUAUUGUCUCGGUCUUGUUUACUAGAGCGGGUUCGCUAAAUUAGAACUGUGAGCUUCAGAUAUCUAGCACUUCUAUUUUUGUGUGUACGAUAUGAAACGCAUCAUAGCUCUUAGGUUACAGGUUUAUGUUUCUCGGAUGUAAAUAGGAGAAGCUUGUAUAUCGAGUAUCAUUUUGUAUCAUCUCGCCGUACUUAGUUCCGCCUGUUUUUAUUUGUAUAAAGUAAUUGAGUAUUUUUUCAGGGGUUAACAGUGAACGCACUGUUCGAACUUGUCACACAGGCCACUUCUGUGAAGACCGCGUUGUUGUUUUUUUUCUUUUCAUUGUGUACAGUCAUUGAAUCAUCUCGCUCUGUGUUUUGGAUGCAUGAAAACAUCCCCCACGAGAGAGCGUCUGAGAAAUGAGGCAACAUCAGGCGAGUUCGAAAGCACGACACGCUUCGAGACGAGUACGAGAGCACUUUUUAGCCUUUGAGACAGUGUUUCCGAGUUAACCGGAUGCUACCUCCCGUUCACGCCGUUGGGAAAACGCUCACAAAAUCCUUUCAGCCUCGCCUGUAUUAGUGCGAUAUCAAGUAUUGCCGACUCUGAGAUGCAAAACGCCACCAUUUCCACCACCGCGGCUUUUCUGUCCUCGUUUGAAAUAGCCUUGUUUACAUAGAUUGGGAGUGUUUUUGAGCCUCGAUGUAGCCACCGGUCACAAAACGACGAUGUUUACUAAUUCUUGUGGUUACGUAUUUGCAUUUCACUACUAGUCUUACGAACUGCCACAGUACUGAAGGAUAACGUCGUGCUACUUUGCAUUCCCCACGUGGUACAUCCUGUUAGUUGUUUUUGUUAAUUUAUUGAUUAUUUAUUGAUCGUCUGUUUAUUUAUUGAAUCCAGUGUAGUGGCGUUUGCCGGUGAGCGCAUUCGUACGAAUAUAGUACUACUUGCUGAGAGGGGGAGUUCAAUGUAUAUACAACUUCACAGCCUGUUUUCCCCUCAUCUCUCUCGAGCCUUUUUUAACUAAGAGUUACUAGUCUCUUUUUUUUAUUUAUUAUUUUUUGCUUGUACCUGGAAGCUUUAUAUGAAGAGAUUUUGGGUUGAGGUUGUGGUUGAAAGCUGUGUAGUAAGAUGUGUAAGCUUUACAGUAGUAGUCCAGAUUAUGUUGGGACGAAACCAUACGUCGGUGACUUUUUCCCCAUCUUUCUUUGACUAGCUUUUGUCAUGCUAUUGUGUCAUGAUAUUGCUUUGCUUUAAUGUAAAAUGUGAAAUGAAAAAAACAGUAGUAUACCGUUUCUUGGGGAUUUUUCUACACAAUAACUACCGUGACAGCCUGGAAAAAUAAUCAAACUUGUGUUUUUUUUUGUUUGUUUUUUUUAUACUAGGGGCUCUACUGAGGUUAUAUUUUGGGGAUACUGAUAUUGUUUGGAAUUGUGUCGUUUGCCUUUUACAGUGACUGAAAGGAAGAGCUGGAAAAAAAAAAGAAAAAAAAAAGAAGAAGAGAUGGGCAAAGUCUGUGUCAACAAUUUGCUGUUCAUUUGGUCAGUACUCACUUAUGCUGAAAGCUUGUGAUUGGGUUGAAAAAUGUUGAUAAUAAUGACUGAAGCAGACCAUUAUCAGCGCCGUCUUCCUUUUGUAAAUAUUGUAAUUUUUGAUAUCCCUUCUCUCGUCAACACGCUACACGGCACCUCUCUUGGUUUCAAGGACGAGGGUGUUUGAGAUUUUUUUUGUUCUUUUUAUUUGGUCACUUCUACAUUUUUAUAUUUUGGUUUUUUUUUUCGUGUAUAUUUAUUAGAUUGGGUUUGCUUGUAAUAGAGCUAUUGCAAUAAAAAAGUGCC